GAGCUUGUUCAAGGAAACCGUGUUUUUGGAACAGUGACUCAUUUCGGUAGUCAAGAAGAGGAAUUGGGUUGGGAACGUGGAGAAAUUCAACAUGCCUUUGGCGUAUUUAGCCGACCCUUGGCAGAAAAUGAAAAUACACGAAGAGACGGAGGUGAUUUUAUCUUAUGACAAUUUGCGAUCUUUGUGCUGAGUUUCAAUUUCAAUUUCUGGGGUCGAAGCUCAUUCGAUAACUUUACAUAUUCACAAUCUCCUAGGUUGCAGAUGAAGAAAUGACUGAUGAAAAUAAAAAUGGAGUAAGCGAAUCUUUUGGCGUAAAAUUAUGUUAAGCUCUUAUUGUUUGUCCGAAAAAUGCUAGACCAAGGCCCACUGUUUUGUAUUUACAACAGCCUUUUGAGGAAACAUCUUCGCUUAUCGAUGUUGCCGAAGAAUUUGUGAAUUCGAAGGCAUGCCAGAAAGCCGACCCUUCGCAAUUCGAACUGCUGAAAGUUCUCGGACAGGGAUCCUUUGGCAAGGUAAGUUUUUAAUGUCCUUCUUGUUCGCUUUUAGUCUUACUAAUCCUUGUCCGAGCAAGGUGAAUAAAUCUUUAAUUGGAAAAGGUACUUCUUGGCGUCAUAGUGGAACCAUGUUUUUGACCUUUGCUUACGUUGUGCCGGCUAUUUCACGCAUUAAUCUUAAUUUAUCGCCACUCCAAUGUUUGUGUAUGCUUCUUUAGUUUGUAGCUCAUUUAUCAUUGUUCAAACUUCUUGUAGAACGUUCUUCAUGGGGACGUCAAACUAUCAAAUGUAUUGUUUUAGGUAUUUUUAGUGCGCAAGUUGACGGACGCCGAUGCGGGAAAUCUUUAUGCAAUGAAAGUUUUGAAGAAAGCAACUCUUAAAGGUGAGCAUAUUCCCCUAUUUUUUUUGCUACGCUGGUUAGGAUUUUUGUUUUCAAUUUAUUUUAUUUUCAGUUUUUGCGGAAGCGUGGUUUUAUCACUGCUCGAUGUGAGAAUUCGAUCCUUGCGUGAGGAGGUGAAAUGUACAAUCUUCGAUAUUAAAGAUAAUUGUGAAACUUAAUUUGAAUUUCACCGCUUAUCCUUUGUGCUCAUACUCAAAGCAAUCGGUAUUGGAAGAACUAAUUGCUUGUCUUGUUAAUUUACCUUUUGGAUUGGUUUGCGAAAACCCUUUCUUUUGCUAUCAAAUUUGUUGUUCCAUAUAGUAUCGCUCAGUGCAUUUUGUUGACCUUUCUCUGAAAGGGUUUAAGGUAACAAUGGCCGCUGCUCUUUUUCUUGUCUUUUUACCUACGGCUCUAGUUCGUGAUCGUCUGAGAACGAAGAAAGAAAGAGACAUCCUGGUAGAUGUUCAGCAUCCGUUCAUUGUUAAACUUCACUAUGGUAGGUCUAAUUUACUUUGAUUAAUUAUUUUUAUUCAAAUUUGCUAAAACGACUUUUUAAACCAAUAUGCACUCGCGGAUCAUCCAGUAGCCUCUGUGGCUCAAUCCUUUACUGCCGUGAUGUUAAGCUUUGAUUCGGGGUUCCACAGGCUUUGAAAUACGGCUCCCAGACAGAUUUUUUGGAAACUUUAAAAUCCAAGGAAAUAUAUAUUUAUGUUUCGAAUUAGAAGUGUGAAGAAAAGCGAACAGCUUGAAGUGUCUAGGCUAGAUUUUAAAUGAAGAUUUGCAAGCAGUUUAUCGCAUUUUGCAGUGUUUUUUAUACAUUUAAAACGCACAUAAUAUGAAUGACUGAAUUCAUUAAUAGAUAAACAAAUAAUGUUGAAAAUAAUCAUGCUAAAUAAUAGUUUUUGAACAGUGAGUUCAACAGUGAGUGUUCUCAAGGCUAAGUUUCCUUAUUUGCAUUCCCAGCUUUCCAAACAGAAGGAAAAGUUUAUUUGAUUCUUGAUUUUCUAAGAGGAGGGGAUUUAUUUACAAGGUUAUCAAAAGAGGUACGAAAACUGUAAGAAUUUCUUAUAUUGGAGCACAAAUAAUUUUGAAAUUAAGUUUACCGGUACUUCAAUAUUUGUGAUAAGUAAUCAUCAUGAAGUAUCAAGUUUUUCACUCUAUCACUGACAUCCUGUGGCUGAAGCUUGAGCUGAUGAUGGAGUUAGUUGUCAAAACUCUGAGGUGGCAAAGUUAUCUGGUAGCCAGCCAUUGUGUGCAUUAACCACUUCUUCAUGUGUUCUUAGAUAUUUUUUACAACAUACAUUUAUUAUGUCAAAUUUUUAUUCCUUUUGUAUCUUUAUGAAACAGAUUAUGUUUACAGAAGAGGAUGUGAAAUUCUACUUGGCAGAGUUAGCUUUAGCUUUGGACCAUCUUCACAAGAUUGGAAUUAUUUAUAGAGAUCUAAAACCUGAGAAGUAAGUAUCCUUUUUUUGUAAAUCUGAGCAUUUCCUAAAGAUUAUUCUCUGUAUGUUCUUGAAGGAUGAAACAGGCAGUUUGAUAGUUUGCUCAAUUCUGCCAGCAUCUGUUAGGGUUCUAGUGUACCCCUCCUUUCUCAAAGCGAUUUUGUGUUCUCUUUUGAUUGUGGGGUAUAGAUGAUUAACUGCUGGGGAGAACUACUGAUAGUGGAUAUAUUUGACACUCUGGUAACAGAGUUAUAUUGGAUAAAUUUGUGAGUGGAGACAUUUUGGUCUGUUCCAGGGAAAUUCACUAUCAAUGUGCAUGUUCACUUGAGGACUGUUGCAUGCUUGUUCUUUUGCUUAGUUAUAGUAAAAGUUCAUUUGUUGGAGUAACUUGGGCAAGUCUGAUUGUCUUUUUUUAUGUAUCAAGGAGAAUUUUUGUCAGAAAAAAAAAUUAAAGAAAACAAUUUGGAUGCUGUAGGCUUGUUUAGUUAUCUUUGGCAGAACUUUUUAUCAUUACUUUUAUGGAAAUUGUCGAGGAGAUGGGACAAAAAUGUUGAAGGCAUCGGUGAGGGGGGUAUACCCUGUCAUACCAGUGUGUUUGCUUAUCAAGAAGAAAAUUAAAGGGUUCAAGGAAUAUAGCCCUCAAUGACUUUAUGAAAUAAUAGGAUCUUCUUUGAGCAAAUACAAGUCAGUUUGAGAGGAGAAUUCAGCAGUCUAUCAAAUGUCACUUAGAGUUUUUUUGGUCAUGCGACCCUCCAGUUAUACUUGGGUGGGGUCAAUUGCCUCAUUGCAGCUUUCUGGUAACACCUUGAUCAUUUUAUAUUAAUGACCUUGUUGAUAAAUGUAGUAAAUGUAUAUUUAUCCUGUAUUGUUUUCAGUAUUCUGCUAGAUGCUAGUGGCCAUGUCACACUAACAGGUUGGUAGAUUUAAAGUAUCUGUUGUUCCUUGAGGAAUUAGUAUUGUAUAUUUGUUAACUAAGUGGCUUUGUUUUUAUUUUAGACUUUGGUCUUUCAAAAGAAUCUGAAUAUGAUCAGAAAACAUACUCAUUCUGUGGAACAGUUGAGUACAUGGCUCCAGAGGUAAUUCUCUUUUUACUUAUGAAUUUAAAUCUUCACCUGAAUGUAGUGUGUGUAUUCAGAUAGUUCAUUUCUGUAGCACUUUAUCCUUCACAGAACAUUAUCAUGGAGACUCAUUCACUCUGUGAAACUAAGGUCCAAGUCAGCAUAUGCUGAUUAAAAACUCCAUUUACACUGUAUGUGUACCAGUUACAAUGUAUAAUUGUUGUUCAAUUCAUCUUCCAGGUGGUAAACAGAAGAGGUCAUACACAGGCUGCAGACUGGUGGUCUUACGGUGUCCUGAUGGUCAGUAAAAUUGUCCUAAGCUUUCCUCUUAGGGUUUAUCACAUGAAUGUACUCCUCUGACAGCUAAACUUUAACCCUUCAACCCUUAAGAGUAAAUAGCUUCUAAUUUCUCUUUACAGUAUCAUCCCUGAGUCACACAUUAAGGUCAUGGGAAUAAAGGAAAUGAUCAACAACAAAAGAAGCUCUUGAUUGUUAAACAAAUUCUCAUUGCCAGUACCUUAUGAAAUGUGUAGAGAACAGUGCGGAGAAGAUGUAUACUGAUGUAAUGGUGUAAAAGGAUCAUUUAUGAUUAGGCAACUCUCCACCUUCUCUCCAAAUUUUUAGUCACAAUUCUUGACAAGGGAUUUUUGGAACAAUAUCUCCAGAUAAUUAACAAUUUGCAGCUCAAAUGUUUCUCAAAUGUGAUAUUUCCUUUUCUUUUCAUUUUCAGUACGAGAUGUUGACAGGUGCUCUCCCAUUUCAAGGGAAAGACAGAAAAGAUACAAUGAAUAUGAUUUUAAAGUAAGUAAAUUAGGAAAAACACUUUUGGUCACUCGCUCUGAUGAAGGACUAAUACUUAAACUGCCUUAAAAACUCUUUACAGAGACCAAUUUACAUUAUCAACUUAAUUGAUAGAACCAAAAUUUUACUUUUGAUCACAGUUUGCAAAAAUAGGUUAGCAUUUCAAAUUGUUGUUUUUCUCAUAAGUUGCAUUUUAUAUAACUAUAUAUUUUUAACAUUACAAUUAACAGGGCCAAACUUGGUAUGCCUCAGUUCUUAUCCCCGGAUGCUCAAAGUCUUUUGAGAAUGCUGUUCAAAAGGAAUCCAGCAAACAGAUUAGGUGAGUUGGAGAGAUUAGACACAAGUUAGAAAUUAUUACAACUGUGGUUUUUAAAUAUUCCUUUGGUUUUUAUCUUUUUUAUUUUAUGGGGCAUAACUGAAGAGUUUUUCAGUUGUUACUGGUCCAGCUUUUUAUAAUACAGACCAUGGUCUGAAAUUUUUUCUGUGCUAUUUGCAUCAUAAUUGAAAAAUUCAAACCAGCAGAAAAGAAUAAACAAUUUAUUUACUAGUCAAGACCAGUCCAUUUGGAAAAAACUGUGCCCUUGGUUUUAAGUACAGCCCUCUGUGACUCUCUGUCAUCAUACACAAGACUUUAGGCUCAGCUUUCUUCUCCUUUUUUUACUAUUUUUAUGAACCUCCUUCCUGGAAUAUAGCAUAUCCUGGUAUAUGUAGAUGUAGUGUGCAGAGUUUGCUGUUGUCUAUACAUUAGUUAGAGAUCAAGAAAAGUACUUUAAUUAGUGUGAGGGUUAUUUUUUCACUUCAUUUGUUCAUCAUUCCAGGUGUUGGUGAGAAUGGCAUUGAAGAUAUCAAGGCACAUUCCUUCUUUUCAUCCAUAGAAUGGGAGGUUUGUUUUUAAAAGCUCUUAUUUCUUUUCGUUGUGUCCUGAUUUGGUGCUGAAUUCAUUCCUCAAAGCUUGGCUCACAUAAGGAUUGAUUCAUGUCUCCUGCCCUAGAACCUGAGUUGCUCAACUCUUAUCCUUUCAACUCCUAAGAUCUGAUUGUUAAUUCUCCCCUCCAGUUCCUACACAUUUCCUUAUUAAUUGGACACUAGAAUUUGGUGUGAGAUCAGAUGACAACUUCUACUCGAUGAGUUUGAGUAUUCUUGUAACCUGUUUGCCAGAUGAUGUGUUGAUAUUACUGGGAGAAGUUAUGUGUUAAUCACUUUUGGGAGUUAAUAUAAAGGGUCAAGAGCUUUUACAAGCACAGAGUUGCACAGGUCACCCAACCUCAAGUAAAAGUAGGUUUCCUGUUGUACUCAGGGUCUAUUGAAGUGCAGCCUUAUGCCUUCUUGUUGUGUUGAUUCCUAAAGAUUCCUAAAGGUGGAUUUGAUAUUUUCAGAAAUUGUACAAAAAAGAGCUGAGGCCCCCAUUCAAGCCUGCAGCUGGGAGAGCAGAUGAUGCAUUCUAUUUUGAUCCUGAGUUUACCUCCAAGACACCACAAGGUAUUGUUAAAGACAAAAACGUUACCAUUUUAAUCUGACAUCCAGACCACUGCAGUCAUGGAAGGCUGAGAGUCCAUGAUCAAAUUAAACCUUUACCUGCUCAAUUUUGAAUUACUGCACAAUUGAACAACAGAAUAAGAGAGCACAUGAUGGAAUAAACUUAAGAUAGAUAUGACAUAAACUUUAGUUUGCCUCACAUUUGAUAGUAUCUGUACUGAGCUAUAUGUAACAUCCUAAAGGAAAACAAAACAACAGAAAAUCAAUAUAGACUGAAAAUCAACAUUCACUAUAAAUAUUUUCUACAAGAAAUAUUACCAUUUAUUUACCAGUGGAUCAUUGAAUUAUGCAAUUCAUGAGUUUUUAUUGGCUUAGCCAUCAUAUAUGAGUUAUGAGCCAUUAUUCCAUACUCUACAUGGUGUUUUGGUACAUUAUAAUAUUAUGUUUGAUCUUACAAAAUAAAGUUGGGAAGAUUUUCAAUAUUUUGGGGCAUUUUCAAUAAAACAAUUGUUCCAUUUGCACUUGUUGAAUACAAGAUGAUUAUAGCCAACUUAGCCUUUGGCUAUCCAUCAUCUCAGAUCCAACAUGUACUCUGAAAUAGUUAUUUAAUAUUAUACAUCAGAUGAUUAGGAAGAUCAAUAUGCAAGAAAUCUUGCAUCAGAAUUAAGGGAAAUUAUCAGUAGUUCUGAAAGAGUCAGGAUGUUAGUCGCUAGAUAUGAACAAGAGUUACUUCAGUAUAAAAAUUCUUUCAUCAGCAUUUAACAAAUGGUCACUUACACCUAACUGUAACUUAAUAUUUUGUGAAGUGCAAAAUUGUACAUUCAACAGCUGUGGUUCAACUAGCAUCAAUAAUUUGAAACAUGGCAUUCCCUUUUGGCACAACUUCUAUGAACAAAAUGUAGUUGACCCUUUUACACCCAAUUUCUUAAAAUUGACUCCCUGCACUGUCUUCUAUCCUUUUCUUGAGAAUUUUAUCCCACAUAAUUUGGUGUUCAAUCAAACAAUGUUGCCUACAUGUACAUAAUGUUUUUCUCGUUGCCUGUCUGCAUGUGAAUUUAUUGAUAUUGUUAGGAAAAUUCUGUUUGGUUACUCCUGAGAAACCAUAGUGAAAGGUUACAGAGGAUUUCAUGCCAACCUGUUGCUUGCUUGAUGCUAUCUUUUGUUCUCAGAUUCCCCAGCUGUUCCUCCAAGUGCCACAUGUCAUCAGCUCUUUAGAGGAUUCAGUUUUGUGGAUCCAUCACUUGUACAAGUAAGUUAUGGUAUACAUUUCUGAAUAGCUCCUUGAAACUUUAUGAGCUAGGGAAGAAUAGUUUUCUUUGGGCACAUUCAUGUGUCAGCAUUCCCUCCUGCUAACUAGUACACAGCUAUACUUUUUGUCUUAAGUCUCACCUCCUAUUAGACAUAGUAGCUACUACUGUUUGUAAUUGGACAGCUUGGAGUGCAGUGUAGGAAUAUUGCAAAUUAUUCUUCAUUUCAAGAUUACAAUGCAUGAUUACAACAAAGCCGGUUAUGUGGCUUGGAACCUCUGUGCUCCAUGUCUUUGUCCACAAUCCAUUGCCAUGUGGUCUUUUGACCACAAAAGUUAUCUCUCUUUGGACAUAAACGGUUUAACUGUAUGAUUAUGCAUUAACUCUGGUAUAUUAUAAAUAUGUGUACUGGGAACCAAUCAGAAUUAAGGCUUUAAUUGUUGCACAGUAAAUGAAUGUGACUUUUCUUUGCCAUUGCAAUGGUUCACUGAUAGUCCUGGUUUCAUUACAGGAGGAAUCUGAUCAAACAACAUCCAAUGGACCUGAAAAAAUGGAAACUGACCAUAGAGUAAGAAAUCAGUUACUAAUAACUUACAAGUUCUUGUGUUCCUUGCUUGCUUUUCUGUUACUUUUUCUGAUACAUUAUUUUUUCUUUUUUCUUUUCCCUUUGGUCAAAGUUAAGUCUUUUUUUAUUGAUUCAUUCCCCAAAACAUAGUUAUUGACAGAGCUAGUUUGAAAGUUUCCAGGUUAAAGCUUGUUGCUUGUGAUGUAAACAGCCCUCUUUAGUCAAAAUAUACAAUUGAUAUUAACAGGUCUAAGAUUAUUGAUUAUUUAUAUUAAAAGCUUAUUGAAGUUUUUUUUAUUUCACUCCAGCCUUUGCAUAACAUCUUCCAGAUAAGAACAACAUCCAUUCUUGAAGAAUAUGAUAUUAAACAGGUAGAUUCAUGCAUAAUUUGUUUUUAAAAGAUAAUGACGUUGCUUGGUAUUUUUUUCUUCUUACACCAUAUGACUGGAUGGGCAACAUUGCGUUUUAUAUGAUUAGCUGAAUUAUACAGUCAUAUGUUUUAACUGGUACAUGUAUUUACUUAUGAUCUUUUUGAGGACAGUCACUAUUUACAACAUUUUGUUUUUUUGUCAUAUAAAACAAAUACAUUCCAUGUUGCUGUGGGUCUAUUUAGUAAUUGAUCACAGAAAAUGUCAAAAUGUGAAGAGAAAAUCAGUGACACAUGUGGCUGCCCCUUGUGUGCAACUUUUUUGUUCUUAUCAGAUGUCAUCUGUGAACUUUUCUGAAGAGAUGUAUCAGGCAAAUGGAAUCUGUUUAUUGAGUGUAGUGAAGUGUGAUAGAGUGAUGAGGGUUUUUCAGUUAAGAUGGUUUUCUCAGAUGUUGAGUACAUUUAUGGCAACUUGACUCUGCAUUAUGCUCAUGUGGCCAUUAGUGACAGGAUUAAUUAGAAAGAAUGAUAAACAUUCUUAGUUGUGGGCACAGUAGGCUGAGUAAUGUCCAUAUUAUACUGAACCUUUUUGCUAAUUAAACCUUUAUAUUUUUGGCAACAGGAAAUUGGAAGAGGAUCAUAUUCAGUAUGUAAAAAAUGUAUUCACAAAGCAUCAGGGGGAGAGUGUGCAGUCAAGGUAUAAAACAUUGAUUUUCAUCAGGUUAAUUGCACAAUGUAUGCACACCAUUUAGAGCCACCUUUGAUCUGCAUGUUUUAAGUUAAAUAUCCCCUUCUGCAAGUCUUAAGCCCAAUGAUAAAUAGGGAGGGCUCCUCAAAAAAUUGGGUAAAGUUACGAACUGUUACAGGGCUUGAAGUUAACUUUUUAGUUGACUUGCAAAGUUUUGCUAGUUAGAUUUUUUUCCCCAAGCAAACUGGUGAGACCAUAGCAAAUUCUUUCCCUUUGAAAUAUCAAUUAUCAUAUUUGAUAUAAAGUUUAGAACUGAUAUUUUGCACAGGCUAUCAAUAAGCUGAAAAGUUUUAUAAAAAAGGUAGUAGUAGUAGUAGUAGUGCUCCUAAUUGCUUCAUGCUAUGGAGACCAGGAUAAACUCCAGCUGGAUAGGCCUCUAGGGUCUGGUACAGACUUGACUGUUUACAUGAAUUUUGGAAAAGACAUGGUCAUUGAGAAUUUUACUCCUUGUUCUAACUUUACAGAUUGUAGAUAAGAGUAAACGAGAUCCUACAGAAGAAAUUGAGGUGAGAACUACUCUUUAAUUGUUUGAUUUUUCUGGCUUUACUUGUUUUAUAAAAUCAUGUGUUCUUUCUGAGUCAUUGCUAGCUUGUUAAAUUUUGAAACAAAUAGAGUGUGAAAAAUAUUCCACUUUUAGCAGUUAUGCCUUGCAUUUUGUAAUUCCACAGAGGAAUAACAAAAAUUUUGAUAUUGUUUUAAUUGGCAAACUAAAACACUAACUUAUCAAUUAUAUAUUAGGUAAUUAACACCAACUGUUUCCCUUACAGAUUCUUUUACGAUAUGGAAGCUAUCCAAAUGUGAUUCACCUCAGAGAUGUAAGCUGAGAUAUUUACAUGUAGAGAGAUUUUUAAUUUGAUUUUUGAUUUUUCUCUGUCUUCUCCUAACCUCUUAACUUGACAAGGUAUUGAUAUUGUAAGGAGAAAUUACUUAUUGAUCGGUCUUAAAAGUGUUAGGGUUGAUUGUGAAAAGACUUGGUUGAGCUUCCGAAGAUGCAGGUCGCGUAAUGGGUAACCAGGUCUCCACAGCUCCCCUUCCCUUGCUCCUUAAACAUCCUCUUCACACCUCCCCCCUUCUUAUUUUUUGUUCACCACUCAAAAGAUGUAACUGAUAUACAUAAAUAUUUUCUUCUUCGUCGAAGGUGUUUGAAGAUGACAAAAAUGUGUUCAUGGUGAUGGAGCUCAUGAAGGGUGGAGAACUACUGGAUAGAAUAUUGAAACACAAGAGUCUAUCAGAAAGAGAGGCUGCUCUCAUCAUGUACACUCUGGCUAGCACAUUUACUUUCCUUCAUGAAGAAGGGGUAGGUUAUAUGUUUUUGACCAAUCUCCAUGUCAGUUUGACUAGAAUAUUGGCAACAUUGUGUAUUUUUAGUUUUUUACCCAGUUGUCGUGACCGAGUAAGCUCGCGCGAAAAAGACUGUGCGAUAACGUAAAUUGGCCACCGUUAAGAGUUUCAAAGCGGACAUUUCAGCCAGAGCGAAGGGCUAACGCUCGAAACGUCAGCUUUGAAACUCUUAACGUUGACCAAUUUACGUUAUCAACUCAGUUGAUAAUACCACAUUAUUUUAUUCUGGGACUGUCCUUGUUUUGCUUGUCUACGCUCUUUGAUUGUGUCGAGAAAACUCGAGCCAGCCUCUCAAUUAAUCAGAAACUGAGAACAACUAAAUCCAUCCCGACUUGGUCACUCGCGUUUUCCCGCGCUUUAGACAGUGAACAUCUUUUUCCUUUGAGUUCUCAUUGGCUCCUUGUGACAUUUUCCUUUAUUCUGAAUGGUCGUUGAGAUCACUUUGGUUAUGGUUUUACAAAACUUAAUCGAAAAGUUUCCCAUAUGUAAAGAUACAAUUUUCGGUUUUGCGAUAACAAUUUGGGUAAUCCCGCCCCUGUUGCUUUCUCUGGUAGCCAACCAUGAACUAACGAGAAUUUUCCCCCUUCGUUAUAGGUUGUACACAGGGAUUUAAAACCAAGCAACAUCAUGUACGCGGACGACAGCGGCAGCCCCGAGUCUCUGAGGAUAGUUGAUUUUGGGUUUGCUAAACAGAUCCGCGCGUCAAAUGGUCUGCUUAUGACACCAUGUUAUACGGCAAAUUUCGUGGCUCCAGAGGUGCUCAAGAAACAGGGAUACGAUGCGGCUUGUGACAUCUGGAGCUUGGGCGUUCUUCUUUACACCAUGCUAGCUGGGUGAGUGAGUGUUUCGUAGUGUUCUUGAGAACUGUUAGUCUUCCAUGCAGUAGCUUGGGAGCAGGUCCUCAUUAUUAGCGCUGAAAGACGCGCGUUUCUCCGCGCCCGGGGAGAUUUCGGACGAGUCGGGAAGAAGUUUGGAGGAGGGUCAUUAGUCAGCAUAAUGUGUAGAAAGAAACCGCGUUAUUGCUGACAAAACGGAGACCUAUGUAGUUAUAGUUGCGGCUAACACUUUCUUCAUUUAUCAACAUCAGGCAAACACCAUUUGCCGUCGGCCCAGAAGAUUCUGCAUCGGUCAUUUUGUCAAGAAUCGGGGAAGGAAAGUAUUCCCUUGUGGGAGGAGCCUGGGACCAUGUCUCAGAUGUUGCUAAGGUAAUGUCAUAAAAACCUUACUUAAAGUGUCAUUGUUCCUAACAUUAUUUCUGUGAAAGGUUAGAUGUCUAUGUCGAACAAAUAAAUGUUAUUGAAAAGUCUAGAACCUACCCUAUAAUGAAUUUAGAUACACUUUGUUAGAUUUCUUACGAGGCGUCUGUAUUAGAACGCUCCAGAGACUACGAGGAGUCCCUCCUUUUCGGCGAAGUCCGUCGCGUUAAUUAAAAAAAAAAUUGAGUGAAAAAAAUUCAUGUUAGUGCGCCGCGCCGAAUUCUGGAAAGGAGGCGCGCCAAAAGAUGGAACCUUACUUUUUUUGUGCUUCGCACCCAAAGCAUUGAUCUUGUUUUGUUCUGAUUUGCCUAUCAUUGAUUGACACCUUUUUGAUUACUCUCUAGGAUUUAGUCAGACAGAUGCUUCACGUUAAUCCAAGAUUGCGGCUGACAGCAAAACAGGUGAGCUUGAAAUAAUUUACAAAUAGUUGUUAGAGAAAUGACCUGUGGAUGGAUUAUCUUGCAUUGAGUAAUUGGCAAUUUAAAAUUAAAGUCCUUCGAACGUCAAUCUUCCUUUUCGUGUUGGCCUUUGAUACUUUAGUGAGUGUUUUAUCCUUGUUUUAACUGUUCAAAGAAACAAGAUUGAUCUUCUUUUUCACUUGGAAAAUGACUGAAAGCCAUUUCCAAGUUGUUUCUAUGGUCCAAAAUUCACUCUUUCCCAUCCAUCGUUCCAUCACUUCAGUGGCUCACAGCCAUUUUGAUUUUUCAGUAAUGGCGUUUUAAUAAAAUUUUUGUUUUUGUGUAGGUGUAUUUUAUUAUUUAUAUAUUUACGUUCGUGGCUCCUCCUAACCGUUUUUCUCUCUUUUCAGGUUCUUCAACACCCAUGGGUGGUAAGUCGUCAUCAACUACCUCAGCACAGGCUUCACCAAGUCAGCAGUGUGUCAAGAAUUAAGGAAGCUGUCAAGGCAACUUUCUCCGCCCUCUCUUCCCCUGACAACAAGCGGCUUAAACCCGUCCAUGCCUCGCUGCUGGCACAGCGAAGAACGAGAAAGAAGUCGCCAAAAUAAACGAUGGGGCGUUUUUUGUACGCACUCAUCCUUUUGUAAUGAUACUUUGGUACGUGUUAUAGAUAAGAACAUUUUUUACGUUCUUGAACAAGUGAGACAUAGAUAACCCACAAAACCUUCGUUAUCUCCAUCCAUCUGGGUGCAGUGUCCCGUAUGACGAGACCAAGUUGAUGCAACAGUCAUCGCGGGCUCACUUGAUACUCCAUACGGAGUUUUGGUUCAACCCUUUAACUCCCAAGAUCUCAUUAGUAAUUCUCCUUACCAUCUGCCAUAUAAUUCUUGUGAUGUUAGUUCAAAGAAUUUGGUACUGGAUCAACUAAUAAUCCUCUAAUUGAUAUUGUUCUUUAUUCUCAUUGCUUGUCCACUUGACAUCGUAUCUAUAUUGUAAGGAGAAAUUCUUUCUUUGUCACUCGUGGGAGUUAAAGGGUUAUAACGUAUGGUGAUGCUCUCCUCAGAUUGCUUGUCUUCGAGUGGAGAAAACGUUGUUUUGUUGGCUAAGACUGUAAAGUAAAACGAAUUGAUUUUUGCGUGGUACAUAUUUAUAUAGAUUACAGUUAAGCGUAGUUGGUUCAGAAAAUAGAAAACAAUUUCAUUCGGCCAAGACAUGUCACUUAUCAAUUUUUGCCACUAGGGAAUUUUGCUCACUAACGACUUCUAGGCGCAAAAUUCUUAAUUCUUGAAACAAAAAUACUUGUAUUAUGCGACUGAUAAGAAAAAUUGUGACAAGAAUAUACCACUAAAUUCGUACACUAGAAAGAUUUAUCACGGGGAGGAUCACGAAACACUUGGAUAGAAAAAAAAUCACAUUUUAAAAAAAAUUUAGUUUCUUUUCUAGCCAAGAGUUAUAAUGGAGAGGGUACAAUUGGUUCAUUUGAUAUUAGGGUAUCGGAAAAAGAGGCCGAGAAUGUAGUCAUGUAACAUAAACAAGUAAAAAAGCUUAAUUCAAAAUUUUCCGUCUGAAGGUAAAGGCUGACCAUUUAAAAAUGUUAACCAGUUUAGUUUAGAGAACAAAUAUUCAUUAUUUUUCCCAGAAAGUAGUAAAGUGUGUCAAUUUGAAAGUGACAAUAUUCAGACCUAUUUUGUACACCACAAGUCAUGAGUAUUUUUCUAUGUUUUCGGGGCAGUUUUCUCUCAAACUUUGUAUAAUGUUUGUACACAUUGUAGGUUAAAUUCAACAUGCAUUGGUAAUGUACAUGG